UGAGCCCUACCUGUGACUCCCUAACGAGGCUUCAGAGGGCCUGAGCUAGGGCUGAGAGAGUAAGUGACGACAGCUAAGAGGCUGUCUCCAAGGUCAGCUCUCCUUCCCUGCUGGGCCUGGAAGGGUUAAAUGAGGGGGCCUUUCUCCCGCCCCACUCGCUCUCCAGCGGGGAUUCCAGGCCUGGCUUUUGCCCUUUCCCCCCCAGCCUGCCCAGAACAAAGGCCCUUUCACACCCGUGUCCCGGUGUCCCGGGCCUUCUCUGACUCAGAAGCUAGUGGGUUUUGGGGACAGGGCCUUUGUCGGGUCUCCCACAAGCAACCCCACCCCGGGCUAGCGUGGGAGAAUGAGGGGCCUGGCCCCGGGACCAGGAGGGAGGGGCCUAUGAGCUGGGGCCGCCCGGGGAUAAGCCGGGCCUUUGCGGGCCAGUGCGGAGGAGCCGGGGCGGAGCCGCAAGGCCCGGCCGGCCAGGGGAGUGUGACUCCGUGGGCCUGGGGUGGAGGGGUGGGGGCGGGCAGGCAAAACUGCAGCUGGCUGGGAAUCGGGGCUGGUUUCCUGUCUGGAAGGGAAGGGGCCCGCAGAGGGGAGCGGGGGCAGCAGCAGACAGGCACACCCCUGCCUUUCUCCCUCCCUCUUUUCCCUUCUGCUGGAAAAGCGAGCUGGGAGAACAGCUGCCACCAAAGCAAGACUGGACACUCUGUGCCCAGAGCCCCUUCUGCAGCUGGCCUCCCCUCCGGGGACCCCACUUAUCCUCACCUCGCUUUCCUUUCCUCCCGUGCCUGGCUCCCACCAGGGCCCUGGAACAGUGGUAGGCAAGGAAAGUUUGUUGCAACAGCCAGAGGGGUCUAACAGGAGUGCAGAGGGACAGGGGCAGCCUCUGCCCUCUGCCCAAGAGCUGCCCACCUCUUUCAAGACCAGGGGAGCAGUGGGAGGAGGAAUUGUGAGGCAGCGUGGUACCUGCCAGCCCCCUCCGUCUGGAGGGUCUGACAAGGGAAGAGGCACUGGGGGGCACAGAGAUGCAGGACAGAUUGCACAUCCUGGAGGACCUGAAUAUGCUCUACAUUCGGCAGAUGGCGCUCAGCCUGGAGGACACAGAGUUGCAGAGAAAGCUAGACCAUGAGAUCCGGAUGAGGGAAGGGGCCUGCAAGCUGCUGGCAGCCUGCUCCCAGCGUGAGCAGACUCUGGAGGCCACCAAGAGCCUGCUGGUGUGCAACAGCCGCAUCCUCAGCUACAUGGGCGAGCUGCAGCGGCGCAAGGAGGCGCAGGUGCUGGGAAAGACAGGCCGGCGGCCUUCUGACAGUGGGCCGCUCGCUGAUCGCUCCCCUUGCCGAGGCCGGGUCUGCAUCUCUGACCUCCGGAUUCCACUCAUGUGGAAGGACACAGAAUAUUUCAAGAACAAAGGUGACCUGCAUCGCUGGGCUGUGUUCCUGCUGCUGCAGCUAGGGGAAGACAUUCAGGACACAGAGAUGAUCCUGGUAGACAGGACCCUCACGGACAUCACCUUUCAAAACCAUCUGCUCUUCACUGAGGCAGGGCCGGACUUUGAACUGCGGCUAGAACUGUAUGGGGCCUGCAUGGAAGAGGAAGGGGCCCUGGCUGGCGCCCCCAAGAGGCUUGCCACCAAACUCAGCAGCUCCCUAGGCCGUUCCUCCGGAAGGCGAGUCCGGGCAUCGCUGGAGAGUGCUGGGGCUUCGGGUAGCAGUCCCAUCCUGCUCCCCACCCCAGCUGUGGGUGGCCCUCGUUACCACCUCUUAGCUCAUACCACGCUCACCCUGUCAGCAGUGCAAGAUGGCUUCCGCACACAUGACCUCACCCUUUCCAGCCAUGAGGAGAACCCUGCCUGGCUGCCCCUUUAUGGUAGUGUGUGUUGCCGCCUGGUGGCUCAGCCUCUCUGCAUGACUCAGCCCACUGCAAGUGGUUCCCUCAGGGUGCAGCAAGCUGGGGAGCGGCAGGACUGGGCACGAGUGCACGGAGUCCUGAAAGGCACAAACCUCUUCUGUUACCGGCAACCUGAAGAUGCAGACACUGGGGAAGAGCCACUGCUUACUAUUGCAAUCAACAAGGAGACUCGAGUCCGGGCAGGGGAGCUGGACCAAGCCGCAGGCCGGCCCUUCACCCUGAGCAUCAGUAACCAGUAUGGGGAGGACGCAGUGACACACACCCUUCAGGCAGAGAGUCGGGGAGCCCUGCAGAGCUGGAUGGAGGCUCUGUGGCAGCUUUUCUUUGACAUGAGCCAGUGGAAGCAGUGCUGUGAUGAAAUCAUGAAGAUUGAAACCCCUGCUCCCCGGAAACCACCCCAAGUACUAGCCAAGCAAGGGUCCUUGUACCACGAGAUGGCUAUUGAGCCGCUGGAUGACAUUGCAGCAGUGACAGACAUCCUGGCCCAGCGGGAGGGCACGAGGCUGGAGACGCCCCCGCCCUGGCUAGCCAUGUUUACCGAACAGCCUGCCCUGCCUAGUCCCUGCUCGCCUGCCUCAGUGGCCCCAGCUCGGACCCACCCCCUGCCCUGGGGGCGACCCCGAACGUUCUCCCUGGAUGCUGCCCCGCCAGACCACUCCCCUAGGGCUUCCUGCUCCAUUGCCCCUCUCCCCCCGCAUCCAUCGCCACGGUCCAGAGGCCUCUGCAGCAAAGGCGCGCCCCGCACUUGGCUCCAGUCACCGGUGUGAAAGAGAAAGGUACUGGCAACAGGUUUGGCCAGAAGAGGAGAUGACCUGUGUGCAGCUGGGCUCUGGAUAUGGUGCUGUCUGUAGCAGGUUGGCCAGCUUGGCCUCCCCUUCCUCUGCUGGACUGGGAGCAGGCUGGAGGCGGGGAGCAGAAGCCCCUCAAAGCUGUGGUCGCCGUGGUGUUGAGGGACUCAUUCCUAGGGCUGGCUGGGACCCCCUAAACCCUUCCUGGGAGAAAACUGGAACCAACCCUGCCCUACCUCCUGCACUAACCAGCUUUGAGGAUGGCACUGAAGAGCCCUGAGAGGGAACGCACCUCCCUUGUGGCUCCCACAUUAACCAUUAAAGUUAUUUAACAGCAGCCUUCACCUGGUUCUUGA